AUGGGCCCCGGCGUAGAUACCGCUUCGCUCCCCUCCAAGCUCCCUCAGAUUCCUGAGCUCCCUAAGCUCCCAAUCCCUUCAUCGCAAUUCAUCAAGCACGUCAAUGGAAACCCUCAAGUUCCGGAUAACGCCCUGAGAGCCUUUUACUCUCGAAUGCCAGAUUACGAGAUUGUCAGGGACAACACCAUCAAUCUCGUCGAUCACAACUUCAAUAUCUUUUCCGAAGGCGCAUUUGCGGAUUUGGGGGUUACAGAUUGGAACACUGUUAUCGUGGCGGGAUCUGCGCCCUUGAUUCCACUGUUGGCUGUCCCUGCAGAAUGCUCGGGGAACAAGCGGGAACUGCACGAGUAUUACCACGAGAUACUGGCUCCGGGUUCCGAUAUCAAUCUGUUUCUCUACGGCAUCAAAGACGAAGCGGAAGCCAUUGCUAAAUUGGAAGCAAUCGAGACCACUGUCAGGGACAAUCUGUUCUGGAAGGCAACAACCAUUCGUACACGCCACACAAUCACUAUCGUCGGGAAAUAUCCCAACAGACACGUUCAGGUCUUUCUGCGUCUCUACAAGAGCAUCGCUCAGAUCCUGCAUGACUUUGAUGUCGACUGCUCUGCGGUUGCCUAUGACGGCAAGCAUGUGUGGGCAAGCCCUCGUGCACUCGCAGCUUGCAUCACCCAAUGCAACGAAAUCGAUCUCAGCCGGCGGUCUCCAUCGUAUGAGAAUCGUUUGUCAAAAUACUCGCACCGCGGGUUCGAGGUCUAUUGUCCUUUCCUAGAACGAUCGCGCAUCGAUCCGAACAUCUUCGAAAGAUCCUUUGACCGCACCAAUGGCCUCGCUCAGCUUCUGAUCUUGGAGGCCCUGCCGGCACCUGAGCAGUGGGAUGCGUAUGUUCGCCAGCAACGCGAGAAGACAGGAAUACACAAGCUGGAUACUGUCCCCCAUGGCAGCAGUAAUGAGAGAGAUGGGAACCAGGAUGAGGAUGAGACCGCGGAGUGGGAUUUCGAAGAGAUUAACUCGUAUCACACGUUCUCGAUUCCGUACGGCCGAGGCUACAAUUCGUACAACAAUGAGAGACAUUUUUUCCGGAAAGAUCUCCUACUAAAUGCGGACUGGAACCUAAAGAACAGACCGCCUCACCGAACAGUCCACCUCCAUCGCGACCCUGUAUUUUUCGGCAACGUCCGUGAUGUGGUCGGGGACUGUUGCGGAUACUGCCCUGAGCCACUCAACGACCAGGAAAACCAGGUUGCCGAAGAAGAGGGCAAAAUGUACGUCAGCGGCCCCAUCACUUUUCUUUCCGACAACCCGGGCCACCAGAAGAUUGGCUCUUUCAAUCCACUGGGGCCCAAGGAUUAUAAGAUUAUACCGAUAUGGUCUAUAUCGGUUCAUCGCGAGCUCUUUACCAAGCUAUCGCCGAUAACCAGGUCACCACUUUCUCGUACUGGUGCGAGCAUGCCGACGUCAACGCCCGGGACUUGUACGGCCGCACUCCGCUGCACCUGGCUUAUGGGUGCCUUCACCCGCCUGGAGGUGGUACAGCGCUUGAUCGAUCAUGGCGCCAGGCUGGUGGCUCGCCUGCAGGAUGGCCGCACGGCGCUGCUUCUCGCUGCUGCUCGCGGGAGGGUUGAUAUCGUUGAAGCCCUGCUGAGGAAGAGUGCUGAGAAAAAGUACGACCGUGACUGGCGCAUGCGAUUCGAGAAGGAGAAACCGAAGUCUUCCGAAGACCCCGCCGCAGUGGCAGAAGGAAAUAUCAAGAUGCGGGAGGCCAAAGGUGGGGACACUGCUGAAAGCGAUGAUGGCGAUAGUCACAUCGAUGCCAAGUCGAUGGAUGGCGGUGCGGCAACAGCGACGACUGGUGGGUUUGUCAAGCUCCAGGACCCGCUGUCAAAUGCUUUGGCUGCGGACAAACUUGGUGAAUUUGGGGGAGAGCUAGUGGAUGAUAUUUACGACAUCAACACCACCGAGUGGGAUUACUCGAUGAGUCCUUUGCACAGCGCCAUCCUCGCAGGCCACAACUCGGUGAUCGAAACCCUCGUUACGAACUUCGGCGCCGACGUGCGAGCCCCGGUCCUUCGGCGCGAUUCGAAUAAGCAGGGUCCGAGUGCGCUAUUGAACCUGGUUCUAGCUUUGAACCUACCCCACAAAACGCGGUGUAAGACCGUCGCGACCCUUAUCACGCUCGGUGCAAGCAGUGCGCAGGCCUCUGAUAACCGCGACGGCAGCCGCACUAGCGCGCUGCAUUAUAUCGUCGCCGACGGGCCAAGGACGUCCUCCAAACCUACCAGUGGUUCUCUCGACGGAAGGAGCGAUACUACACCUCUGAUCACUGCAAUGUACCUGGACAGCGGCGCGCUAGAGGUCACGAGAUAUCUGCUCAGCCAGGAUGCCCACGUACAGAUCACGGCGAAUGACCUUGUGCGCAGCAUGAAGCCUGCUCAGCGGAAGGGUUUCACCGCGGAAGAUCUUGAGCACGAGCUCAGGGCGAAACUACAGCAGCCCCUGGAGCACGCGAUUGCGCGGGGAAAUGGCUGUGGAAAUGAACCUUCCGCCCCCGAUUUUGAUGACUCUGUGCUGGACGUAUAUCUCGAGGGCAGCUAUCAGCGCUUCACAGCUUUGCGCUACCUCAACCAGCUAGAGGAACUAAAGGAGAUUGAACAACUACUGAUGGAUGCCGGUGCGAAACCGAUGCUCGAUCUAUACGCCGAGCUGCGACCGGAGUACCUAAAAGCGCACAACGGGGUUCUAGAGGGUUUCAGACGUCCGUCUGCGGAAGUGGCUGUUGAGAGAGAGGCUAUAGAGCUUUUCCGAAGAACCCACGCCGGUAGUAUUGCUGCUACCGCUGCUACCCCACAGCCGGAGGAGCCCCAGCUUUUUGAUCCGUUCUCAGUGAACUACCCCUACAGUGUGAUGGUCGAUGCGUUUGACGGGUACCUACAACCGUUUGAAGCUACCACGGAGUCGGAGGAGCCCAGGUUUGAUCCGUCAUUAACGAAAUACUCCUACCUCAGGGAGGGAGACGUGCAUGGCCGCUACCUGCGACUCUUUGAGGCGGCAUGGAACGGCACACCAGAAGACAUGGAGACGGUUCGAAUGCUCACAUCAGGUCCAUCCGGAGAGGGAGAGGAUCGUGUUCCAGCGCUGCGGGUCUCGGUCGCGGAUAGCAACGAUUUUACGGCUCUCUUCAUCGCUCUCUACAGAGGCAACUUUGACAUGGCAGACCUGAUCAUGGAAAUUGUCAAGUGCCAGUAUGAGGAGAUGAAGACUCCUGCUGCUCGCCCUGUAAUGGAUGACGAUAGCGAUGUUGGCCAUGACGAGGAUGAUAUGGAAAUCCUCGAUGGCGUCACAGUUGAGGACAACGGAUUGGCGAAAUGUGGCAUGAGUCCAUACGCUUAUAUCAUGAGCUCCGUUGUUGAUGCACGUCAUCUUCUCUUAGUUGAGGAGUACGAAAAGUACUCCGAUAUCGCUUAG